GGAGACCAGUUUCAGCACGAUGUAAAAAACAUCGUUACUGUCUCUCGCGAACCGAUUCGCUUGAAAAGAGUCGUUCACACACAAACGGUUCGUUCUCGGACAGGGAGCAGAUCAGAGCGCGAGGACUCACGCAGGACCGCGGACGUGUUUAUUAAUUCGCGCGGAAGGUUCAGCUGUGAGAAUGUGUCAGAAGAAGGACAUGUAAUAAAGGAAGAGGCGUGAGGAGCAGCACCAAAUUACACGAAUGAAAUGAAGGCCGUUCUCCCCACACAGACUGUAAGCACAAUUACACUCCCACCGACUCCCAGGAAUGGACAGGCAUCAUUGGAUUUUAAAGUGCUGAUGGUAGAAUAAAACCUUAGCCUGCUGCGCCACUUUGGAGCCCUGUAGUUGGAUGCUUAAAGGUGUAUGGAGGUAGAAGAGUCAUCCACAACGUAUAUCCUUAUUCAUUUAGCCACAAGUGCACAGUUACAGUCUGACUGUUUAUAUAAUAACACGUGACUAACAGCAGGUUCUGGAAUUUUGAAACCCGUAUUGGUCCACAGGGACAGUCCAAAUUUUUGCUCCUAACAGCUGGGAGCUGAGAGAGAAAAACAUUUGGACCAGCUGGGGGUCUGUGUUUCCCAAAACAACAGUGAGAGCUGUUCUCAGCAACGGAAAUUAGUGACUCUCCUUAAAUAAAUGACAACUCUUACCACAGCUCUGUUGAAUUCUCAAAUCUGAUUGGUUCUCAAGUCUGAUUCUCAAAUCGCAGGUUUAUAUUAAUGUGGUUGUUCCAAAACAUUAUCAUUUCUAUAUUAACAACUUGUAUCACGGAUGCUCCGCAUAAACAGAUGUAAUUGUUCAUAUACUGAAGUUUUCUGGGAGGAGACAAUUAUUUAACAUUUUUCAAAGGAGGCUCCAUUGUGUGGAGGGCCACUUUUGGGAUCUUGCAAAAAAGAAAAAAAACACUCUGGCAUGUCUUGGACCUGAUUCUACCACUUUUGUAAGUUCCUUAGGAUAAAAGUGUUUGCAAAAUGAAUAAUCCAACCAGCAAAUCAAGUCCCAGCACGAUCGUGUCAUUGUGGUGUUGCGUCUACGUUAGGGGAGUUGGAUAUACAGUAAGUAUCUCAAGAGCUCAUGUACUGGUAUCAGGGCAACACUCCAGGGUGUUUGGUGUUAACCUUUUUCUCCAAUUGUACUUAUAAAGCAAGGAAUAAAUGUGUAGUUGUACUUUUAUAAUAUAUUUCUUAAAUGCAGAAAUAUGCAGCUAAAAUGUGAAGUGCAAAGAGCAGAGGAUGUGCCUCCAUUCACACCCUGACUGUGUGGAGUCAUACUUACCUUGGCUGAUUAAUGGCUCAUAUUGUAAUGGCAUUGUGGCCUGCACUCUCUCACAAGAAAGAGCGAGAGAAAGAGAGAGAGAGAAGACUAAAUGUACAGCCUGUGACUUUUCUGAACCAAUGCCAAACCCGUCUCUGUAGUAUGUCACCUGUGGACGAAUUCAACAAGAUGGAGUUCGUAUGGCUCAUAUGCUUUUAAAGAGGAUAAAUUAAUUGUGAAGGAUAAUAUAUAAAGAAUAAAAUGUGCUGUUAUAGAAAAAUAAUCAAUGUCAACGCAGAGCAGAGUUCCUCUUACCAGCCCAUAGUUGAUUAUUUUCCUGUAACAGCAUGUCACAAAGUGUUUUAUUCCUCUUACGCUACAGCUACAUGGGUCAGUUUGGUCUAUGUUAGGAUGAUGCAAUGGUCUAUUUUGUGUGUGCAUGUGUGUGUUGGGUUGUGGUGGUCAGUUGGCAUGGCAUCACUCUAUCAUAGAUGCCAGGAUAAGACAUUGCACCUACACCUGCCUCUCUUCCUGUUUAUGUCUUACAUCAGCAGCUUAGCUCCACCCCCACUGCUCUGCACUGGGCUUGUGAUUAGCGGACUGAUUCUCGCUGGUUGCUUGGACGGCGAGUCUCGCUGCUUCCACUGCUGUUAUAAAUAGUCGAUGUUUUAAAUAGGACAAUUUAUUGUGUAAGCAUUCAUGUGUGCAGAGCAUCUCCAGAAGGCAAAUGCAUGUAAGCAUGCACUGAUCACUGUGCAGAUUCCUGACAUUCUCCUGAGAUCUGCUCUCUCUCACUGCUCCUUAUCCCUCUCUCUUUCUGUGGAGAGAAUGAAGCAACUGUCACGUUCAUUUUUGAACAAAUGACAUUUUAGGGAAAAAAAAAGCAUGUGGGUGUUUUAUCAGUGAAGUUGAGUCAAUAAGAUUUCAGAGCACCGACCAUGCAUUGCUAUAGCUACUGCUGAAUAUUUACAGGACUUUUAAAGGCACACCUGUGGUCCUUAAAUGAACAGUUUAGGAAAAAAUUUAAUGUUUGGUAUUUAAAAUUUCCUUCUUUAGUUUUGCACUACUAAUGCAGCUAACAGGUAAUGGAACCUUUCCCAUAAAUAUAUGCACCGUAUCUUUUUUUAAUUUGCUGUAUAAAAAAUAUAAUAUAAUAAUAUAUAAUAUUGCAUAUAAUAAAGCUGAUUGCGGUAACAUUAUGGAGGCAUCUUGAUGGAGUUUCUAUCUAUCUAUCUAUCUAUCUAUCUAUCUAUCUAUCUAUCCCAUAGAAAACUUUCACAGGGACUUGUAUGGUGGACACAUUUAUGGAAGUCUCCAGUGUCAGCACUUAGUAACAGUAAGAGUUGAAGCUAUAAUUAAGUUUUCUGAUAUGGGAAAGGCUUUAGAAAGGAGGACUUUGCAGUUUCUAGAAAGAAAAAGAGAAGCUGGUGAGGGAACUAACUUGUUUUGUGGGCAUUCCACAACAUUAAACAUAACUAUAAAUGGAUAAAAUAAGCAGUGUUGAUCUUUAAUUAAUAAAAUAAUUGAAGUAGUUGACAAAUUGCUGAGGUUUAAGAAGAAUAAAACACAUCGGAACAACUUUAUUUGUUAAUUAUUUUCCUAUAACAGCAUGCCCCAUGAUUUAUUGCUACGUGUAUACAUAUUGUUAUCUGAAUGUGUGCUGAUUUAUAGUGAUGCUAAACUGGUGGCUAUAAGCUUUCCUUUAAUGUUAGCUACAUUAGCUUUGUAGGUCCAAAGCAAACUAAAGAAAAAAAAAACGUUAAUGGUGUACAAUUCAUUUUUGGCUGAAUUAUUCCUUUAAAAAUGGUCAGGAUUGUUAAAUGAAGUGUGUUAUUUGUGACUUCUGCCCUUUCGUCACCUGUGACAGUCGGUGAUGUCGCUAUCUGUUUGUGUGUGCGUGUGUGUGAGUUGAGUGCACAAUGGAUCCACAGUGUCUCGCUGACUGAAUGCUAGUUUUGUUAGCUACUAAUAAAGGUUUGUUUCUUACUACAAUGAGCCGUAAUGCACCAAGCUCUUCAAUAGGGACGUCUUCAAGUGGGCCUCGAGGGUCCCCUUGUACAUUGAUUGGACUUAUGGAGCUCACUUUUAGUCCAUCGAGCUGUGUGUUGGAGUGACAAAUGCAGAUUUGAGCUUGUGAGGCAGCAGUGCCAGCCUGCAGGAGCACAAGGAGCCCAAGCAACACUACUGCGGCGUCUCUGAGGUUGUGCACGUUGCGAUGUCGGGUGCUAUGGGAGCCGCUGUGAGCUGCACGGGGAAGGAGAGACAAGACGCUGACCUGAGCCACACUGAGGGGAGGACAGAGAGUGAAAGGGGAUAUCCAGGGCCAAGCACCAUGGAAGAGUUUAAAGUCCAGAGCGCUAAGCACCCAACACCAAACAGCACACCCCUACGCACUCCCAGCGAGCACUCCAGAGAGCGAACCAAGCGUCUCUCCACAGAGUCAAACGGGACAAACGAAGGAGCAGCCGGUGCCAAAACACCUGUAGAGCUUACACCACUAGAAGAGGCUUUCAGACGCUUCGCCAUCCACGGAGACACCCGCGCCACCGGCAAGGAGAUGCACGGCAAGAACUGGUCCAAAUUGUGCAAGGACUGCAGCGUCAUAGACAGCAAAACCAUCACCCUCACAGAUGUGGACAUCGUCUUCUCAAAAGUCAAGAACAAGUCUGCCCGCACCAUCACGUACAGCCAGUUCAAGGAAGCUCUUUCUGAGUUGGCCAGGAAGCGCUUCAAAGAUAAAACCAGCGAGGAGGCAGCGGAGGAGGUCUUCAAAAUGGUCGAAGGGAAGUCGCCAGUUAUAUCUGGAGUUACGAGAGCCGUGGCAUCCCCCACCGUAUCCCGUCUGACCGACACCACCAAGUUCACAGGUUCUCAUAAAGAGCGUUUUGACCAGGCAGGCCGCGGGAAAGGCAAAGCGGGCCGCGUUGACAUGGUCGAUACAUCCGGCUACGUGCCUGGCUACAAACAUGCAGGCUCAUACGAGAAGAAAGUCCAGGGCAAACAGCAACAAAAACCCAUGUGAGAUUUCCCCCUGUUCCAUCAACAGACAAGGCAGGGGAAAAAAAAAAAAAAGCACAACAGGAUCAUAUUUGCUAUUUCCAUUUGUUUAUAUGCAUCAUUUUUUUCUGUGAAAGAGAUUUCCGUUUCCUGCGCUGUUGGAGAACUGGAACAAUGUUUACAUCGACAGACAAGAGACGCAGCCGGCUGGUACAUUCCUCAUCAAGAAUGAAGAUGAUCAUCAUACUCUGAAAUUUCAGAAGGGAAGAACAGAGUGGAGAGCACAAAAAUAUUAAGGAGUUGUGAAUGAUAAUGAGAAGAUCAACAAGGAAAACACUAAAUGGAUGCAAAAUAUUUGAUAAAUGUCUACAAUAGCACAUACGAGGUCUAGUCAAAAAGUUCUAAGCCUUACAGAUAGCAGUAUGGAAGCAGUGAACUGCUCUGUGCGGAAGUAUUUAAGUUCUUCUAGGAACAAGCCAAUGGUCAGAACUGGUCAGAAAAAAGGAGCAACAUGUAUACACGAGGUUUUCUGCGAAACAUAGUGCAGCGAAAUAUAGUUUAGCUAAGCCGUUCUUUAAGGUUGGCAUCAUGAUUACCUCCCAGCAUUAUACCUGGAACUGUUUUUAAACGGAUCGACAUUAGGCUACUCUCUCAAGGAUUUUAGGCAUCCAUCAAAAAUGUACCACAUGCCAUUGGUUUUAAUGAGAUCAGUACGUUGAUACACACAUAUCAGAUCAAUACUUUGAUUAUUACCAAGGAGGAUAAAAGGGAAAUUAUCCCUGUCUCCACUCACAUCAAGAGCUGUAUGAUUCAGAGCAAAAAAAAAAAAAAAAUCUAAGGGUAACUGAUUGAAAGCCUCAAAUUUGCACACAAUACAUACAAUUCACUUAAAAUCGAUAUCUGCUCGUUAACAUGAUAAAUCAGCAAUGCGUAUCAAUGUCUUUUUUUUUUUUUUUUUUUUUUUUUUUGGUGCAUACCGAAAACUCUGUGUAUGUAGCCUUAAAAUCACAAAUGAGUAUUCUCCAUUGUCAUCUUAGGACUUUUUGAUCAGACCUCACAUUCUAUAAGUAGGAAUUUUUGUUUUUGGACAUCAUUAUUUGUGACCUCUUUGCUAUCUGGCAUAAAAUAUAAAACAAAAUGUUUUUAAUUUAGCCUUUUUUUUUUUUUUUUAAAGUUCUUUCACAAUGUCUAAUACUGCCCUUUAUACUUGUGUGUUUUAUGGUGCAUCUUUGCUUGUGAUCAGAUUAGACUUGUACAGUUUUUUUUUUUUUUUUUUUUUUUUUUUUAAAUGAGCCUAGUGUGACCUAUUCAGAAUCCAUGAGCUGAUGUCUACUGAUAUUAGAUUGUGAAUUUGUGCAUAAGUCCUUAAACAGUCACCAAAUUUGACGGCUCGUACGCUCUGCUCGGUUGUUACAUCACAAAUGGUGAUCUACAUUUUAUAUAUAUAUAAUAUAUGGUUAAUGUUUCUGUCCAUUAUAUAGGGUCAAAAUUAUUAAUAGUGUUUAUAAUUGUGUUUUUAUGCUAACGCUUGAUGGCAUAAUAUGAUACACUGGCUGAUACACAGUUUCUCUGUUGACACCUGUCACAUAAAAACGCACUGAGAUUAGACAGCAGGAAGUCAGGAGGGGAUCAUGUGAUUGGUUUAUUAUAACACUGUCUUAGCACAAUUUACUAUCUAUACUACUAUGCACAACCGUUAUCACUUACUGAUCAGAUCAGACACAUGCCGAUAUGACAUUUUUAUAUCAUUAGAACUGAUCUUUUAUCACUGUUUUUGAGCGUGAGAUAAAUUUACUCAGCUACUCACAAACUUUAGCAUAUGGCAUCACCACAAAAGUUUACCUUAACCGUAAUUAUCUACUUUGCUACUGUUAGCUCACCAAUUACUGUAGAACGUGGCAUUUAGUAUGUACGCAUCGGUAUGUACCUAAAAAGGUGCAUGUAGUGUACUUUCAAAACCUUCCUAAGUGCAAAUAUUAGAGGUCAUUUAAUGUGAUGUUUGUGAUCGCCUGAUGAAAUUUAUAUUACGCUCUUCCUUCUUUUACAUGGAGAUGCCUGUCACAGGUCUCUUAUACUGCCUUCAGACUUUAUCCUGGGACUUCAGAUGCGGCCCAAACAUGGUGCCUACUCAUACAGCCUCCUGCGUGACAGGAAGUUAAAAGUAUUGGGUUGAAUAAGUCUGGUUAAUACUCGUAAUAAUAAUUACAAUGUUUUCUAAAUUAAAUCGCUUAAAAACCUUUUUUGUGGUUUCAGAGUUGAGACAUUUUAUAUCACGGCACCUUUUAGUAUGUGCAAUUUUUCCAGUCUAAUAAACGAUGUUUACAAUGAUUGCAUUUUAGCCAAAUAACAUGAAAUAACCUUAAAUGGUCCCAAGGUCAUAAGAUUCCCAUUUAAUGUUCCAUCAAUACAUACAGGAGUGGUACACAACCUUGAUAUAGAAACCAGAAAUUGUUAUUCCAGAAAAGAAUAAAAGCAUGUAUACCUUUAAAUUUCUGACCAGGUAAAUCUCUGUAUUAUUAAGAAUCAAUAUACUAGCAGCUUUCCAGUGCAAGUAAUUACACUUCUGCGCUGCUGAUACAGUAAUAUAUGGUAUUUAAUGUCAUCUUCUUUGAAAAUAUUAGGUUAGAUAAUUAACACACUGUUUCAGUUGAGCAACAAAGAGCAAAAAUAUGCAGCAGGUUUCUUGGAAGGAAGAGGACAGCAUGUAUAGACAUAUUCUUCUAUAGAACAUCUAUUUUUCCAGUAUAGUGUCACACUGUUCCUGUUAGUUCCUGCUUGGAAAGUGACUCAUAUUUAUAUCAAAAGAGCAAAUUUGAAAUAUUGUUGUUGUAUUUUAACAAAUGGUUGCUGUUUUGUGUGCUUUGACGCCAAAUACUGUAAACCCUCCGUUUUCGAGGAACAAAAUGUUGUCUUAUUUUUCAUAUAACUAUUUUUCUAUGUGUUACAGUGCCCUGCUGCAUGUUAUGUGUUUAAGGUAACGUUCAACAGACCUUUAACUUGUCCCUAUGUUGUAGCAUUGUUCUGAAUAAAAAGAAAGAAAAGGA